GCGGCGGCGGGGCGGGGAGGGGGAGGCGGCGGCCAAUGGGCGGCGGGGCGUGAGGCGCGGUGACAGCUGCCGCCGGCUGCCUCCGCCUCUGCGCCGCGGGCCCCGGGCUGAGCAGCACGGCCGGCAGAUCUAUCACGGCAUACCUGAAGUCAGCAAUGUUUUCCAAGCUCACCCGCCCUCAGAGCCUCGCUGUUCUCUGCCGAGGUGUUCAUGCUUCGCUGAGUUCUGCUACCUCAGUUGCUACUAAAAAAACAGUUCAAGGACCUCCGUCCUCUGAUUACAUAUUUGAACGUGAGGCUAAGUAUGGGGCCCACAAUUACCACCCACUGCCUGUGGCUCUGGAGAAGGGAAAAGGUAUUUACGUGUGGGAUGUUGAAGGCAGAAAGUAUUUUGACUUCCUAAGUGCUUACAGUGCUGUUAAUCAAGGCCACUGUCACCCAAAGAUUGUGAGCGCUCUGAAAGCUCAGUCUGAAAAACUGACCCUUACGUCUAGAGCGUUUUACAACGAUGUGCUCGGUGAAUAUGAGGAGUUUGUCACCAAAAUGUUCAAUUAUAACAAAGUUCUUCCAAUGAACACAGGAGUGGAAGCUGGAGAAACUGCCUGUAAGUUGGCUCGGAAGUGGGCUUACGUUGUAAAAGGCAUUCCGAAAUACAAAGCAAAAAUUAUUUUUGCAGCUGGCAACUUCUGGGGCAGAACGAUGUCUGCUAUCUCCAGUUCUACAGACCCAUCCAGUUAUGAUGGAUUUGGACCCUUUAUGCCAGGUUUCGAAGUGAUCCCAUACAAUGACCUACCAGCUCUUGAGCGGGCGCUUCAAGAUCCCAACGUAGCAGCUUUCAUGGUUGAACCAAUUCAAGGUGAAGCAGGCGUGGUUGUUCCUGACAAAGGUUAUCUCACGGGAGUGCGGGACCUCUGCACAAAACACAAUGUUCUGUUUAUUGCCGAUGAAAUACAGACGGGUUUAGCCAGAACAGGAAAAAUGCUAGCUGUUGACCAUGAAAAUGUGAGACCUGAUAUAAUUCUCCUUGGAAAGGCCCUUUCUGGUGGCUUAUAUCCUGUCUCGGCAGUGCUGUGUGAUGAUGAAGUUAUGCUGACCAUUAAGCCUGGUGAACAUGGAUCUACAUAUGGAGGAAAUCCGUUAGCCUGUCGUGUUGCAAUGGCAGCGCUGGAGGUAAUUGAAGAGGAAGACUUGGCUAAAAAUGCAGAAAUAAUGGGUAACAUAUUAAGAAAUGAGCUCAUGAAGACACCGUCUGAUAUUGUAACUUGUGUCAGAGGAAAAGGACUGCUCAAUGCGAUUGUAAUCCGGGAAACCAAAGACUACGAUGCCUGGAAGGUGUGUCUGCGGCUUCGUGAUAACGGACUUCUUGCCAAACCUACGCAUGGUGAUAUCAUCCGGCUGGCACCGCCUCUGGUGAUUAAGGAGGAUGAAAUCAGAGAGUGCAUCGAAAUAAUCCAUAAGACCAUUCUGUCCUUCUGA